CGUCACUGUGUCCGCCCUGUUAACCAAAAAAACCGACACACAUUAACUAAGGAACGCGGGUUGUUUCAUCAGCGAACGUGAAGUCAACUGUAUUUGGUCGUGUUGUCGAGCCUUCCAAAGUAAACCCAAAGGAUCUCUCCUGUUCCGUCUUAACUCUUCGCCGCUCUGCUCAGUCAACCCCUUCAGCUUUGCUGCUCCCUCCGCAGACGCGACCAUGGUAGACAAGAUGGCCUCCUUUGGCCGGAUCUUGUUGCGACGCAGGGUACUGGACUGCUCCGAUGAGGGAAGCCGAUUCGCCCGCUGCCUCUCCACGCUGGACCUGGUGGCCCUGGGGGUGGGCUCUACGCUAGGGGCAGGGGUGUACGUCCUAGCUGGUGAGGUAGCCAGGGAGAAGGCUGGUCCUGCCAUCGUGCUCUGCUUCCUCAUCGCUGCGCUCUCCUCCAUGCUGGCCGGACUCUGUUACGCCGAGUUUGGCGCCCGCGUACCCAAGACUGGUUCGGCGUACCUGUACAGCUACGUGACGGUUGGCGAGAUCUGGGCUUUUAUCACGGGGUGGAAUCUCAUCCUCUCCUAUGUCCUCGGUACAGCCAGUGUGGCCCGAGCCUGGAGCUCUAAUUUCGAUAGCCUGGUGGAGCAGAGGAUAUCAGACUUCUUCAGGUCGUCUAUGGCCAUGAGCGCCCCAGGGGGGGUGCUGGCUGAAUACCCGGACCUGUUUGCGCUCAUCCUCGUGCUCUUAUUAACUGGGCUGCUGGCGUUUGGCGUGAGUGAGUCGGCUCUGGUGAAUAAGAUCUUCACAGGGGUCAACCUGGUGGUGCUGGGCUUCGUCAUCAUCUCAGGCUUUGUGAAGGGAGACACAGUUAACUGGAACCUUACUUUGGAGGACUUUAACAAUGCCAGUAACACCAACAUGUCCAGCUUAUCCAAAGAGGUUGUGGAUAAGACGUUUGGCACUGGUGGUUUUGCUCCUUUUGGCCUCCGUGGCAUUCUGUCUGGUGCUGCCACGUGUUUCUAUGCCUUUGUGGGGUUUGACUGCAUCGCCACUACAAGCGAAGAGGCUAAGAACCCAACUCGCUCCAUCCCUGUGGGCAUCGUGGCCUCUCUGCUCAUCUGUUUCUUCGCCUACUUCGGGGUCUCUGCGGCCCUCACACUCAUGAUGCCCUACUACCUGCUGGACACAAAGAGCCCCCUGCCAAAGGCCUUCAUCCACGUAGGCUGGCCUGCCGCUCACUACAUCGUGGCUGUGGGCUCCCUCUGUGCUCUCUCCACCAGCCUGCUUGGGUCCAUGUUCCCCAUGCCGAGGGUUAUCUACGCCAUGGCAGAGGAUGGGCUCCUGUUCCGUGGCCUGUCCCGCAUGAACGCGCGUACCAAGACGCCCCUGAUGGCCACCAUCGUCUCUGGCUGUGUGGCAUCUCUGAUGGCCUUCCUCUUUGACCUGGCUGCCCUGGUUGACCUCAUGUCCAUAGGGACACUGCUGGCCUACUCACUAGUGGCCAUCUGUGUGCUCAUCCUCAGGUACCAGCCGGGCACCCUGAGCUCGUCCAGUCAGAGUGAGAAGCUGGUGGAGCUGGUGGGAGGGGAGAAGGUGGCCGUGUCCGGGCGAGACAGCGGUGACGAGGACGGCCUGGAUCUGGAGGACCGACCCCUCCGGGAGAAGUUCACCCCCCGCCGCCUCCUCUUCCCCAGCGGGAAUCUACCCACUAAGAUCUCUGGGAACAUCGUCUAUGCCACCACGGCCAUUAUCUCGGUGCUCAUCACUGUGCUGUGUGUGGUGUUGGCGGGGAAGCUGGAUGAGUUGAUCGAGGUUCAGCCUGUGUGGGUCACGGUGUGUGUAGUACUGGCCUUGCUCUGUGCCCUUUGUGUCGUCAUCAUCUGGAGGCAACCCGAGAGCAAGGAGGCUCUCACCUUCAAGGUGCCCUUGUUGCCUUGGCUGCCUCUGUUCAGUGUCUUUGUCAACAUCUACCUCAUGAUGCAGCUGGACCUGGCUACGUGGUGUCGCUUUGCUGUUUGGAUGGGCAUUGGAUUUGCAAUCUACUUCUGCUACGGGAUCUGGCACAGCAGCGAGGCAGUCAACAGCACCCCCCGGAAAUACGAGCCUGCCCUCCAGACCAAGAAGAAGCCCAUCUACCUGGGGAGAGACGAGAGUGAGGCGGAGGGGAUGAACCCCUGAACGGCUAGGGGCUGGAGGAAACCCCACACGUUAUACCACUGAAGGGAAGGCAGACAAUUCAACUGACACUGCAAUGUGUGUCUCUAGAUUGGUUACCUUUCAUUUUUGGGAGAUCUGUCUUACACUUUAUUGGACAGUUGAUGAGUAAUACUUUCAACACUUAAAGUUGCUAUUAACAUUACUAGUGAUUUUUUUUAUUUUUUAUUUAUUAACCGUUAGUCUCUUGCUAGUUGGUGGCCGUGCCUCCAAUUGUUAGCCCCCCCGGGGCCUCCAGCAGCAAUAUGCUGUACAGGAUCUGUUGGUUGGGGCCAUAUGUAUUACUGGGUACCAGUGUGUCUGUGGGGUUUACAGUCUUGGUCAGGGCCUCCGUAGACUUGUUAACAGUGCCGAGGCCCGACGUGGGCGUUUUGUUUUUGGGAUGACUGUCGUAGACGAGCUGUCCUCCACCUGCCAAAGAGCAACCGAUUUGACAGUAGUACCUUGUGCACCUAGUUGCAGAAACAAGAAUUUUUGUUGUUGGUGUCAGCUUCUUCAGUAAGCUGCAUGAGAUGGAAAUAUCACCAUGGAGACCUCAAACUACAUAUCCUAUAAUGUUAAAGGCGUUUAUGAACAAUCUGUUGCCGGUGAUUCUUUCUGUCGUACAUUUUGUCUUCGAACGUAUGGUAAAAAUAGUCAAAGUAAUGAUGUAUGUUAUCAUUUUCAUGGUGAUGUAAGUCCCUGUGUUACUUGCCUCUGAGGUCCAUCCAAAGAAUUGACUGAGGUAAAAUCAACCUUUUGAGGGUGAUAACGCAUCCCAGCACCUCUGCACUGUCUGCUGAAUAAUCUUUAAUUUCGGUAUCAUCAUUGGGGCUGUUCUGUACUCUUGUAAACCCCUUUUAUAUGCAUUUCUAUUUCUCUGGAGUUUUGAUUUACAAAUUUGAGCUACCCUUUUUAUAUGUAAAUACUUGAGUUUGAGAUCUCUGCCUCGAUUGCUUGAGCUGUCUACAGACGUAGAUUUAACUGUCAAACAAAGAAAUUACCUGCGUGAUCUCGACAAUGCGCUGUAUUGAGUCUUUUUUUUAAAGGCAGUGAUUUUAGUCCUGGUCAGCUAUUACCACUAAUAUUACUUUAGUUGUAGCUUCUUGUGAACCUAUUUUCACAAACAUUUUUAGUUUCCAUUGAAACUUGCUCUUGGCAGCUUGGCUGUCGAGUUUGCAUCAUUUUAGUCAUAUUUUCCUGCUCUGCCCUUCAACUGACUUUAAUCGAGUAAUGUGCUUUUUAUAGAUGUUUUGUGUUCUUUACGUGUACUCUUGAUUACCCCCUUGCUUUUAAUGUGUUACUGUAUAUAGCAAAACUUGCUUCACCAAAUAAUUGACAGGUCUACUCGUGAAUCUAUUUGUUAAGUCACUAGUUGUGGUGCUGCUUGACCAAAUGACAUUUUGCUUUGGAGACACUGGUUCAAGAACAUGAGUAUGACCAGCAAAAACUGGUCUCUAAAUUUGAACUUUAUUUGCUCAUCUCCAAAGACCCUGGAGAUGGCGAGGAUAAUUGAUAGAUAUGGUAUUGUAGUACAGUAAUAACUGUAGAUAAUAACUGUAGAUGUACAGUGUGUAGAGCUGUAUUUUUAUAAGUAGAAUAUGCUGUAUAUUAUACAAAUGGAUAUGUUUUAUAGUUGUGCUUCUUGGCAUUACUUUUAACAUCGUUUCUUGAGGGUUUGUUAGACAUCUCCAAAAGAAACCGUUUCCUAAAAAUGCCUACCACCUCAAAGAUCCCACUGGCUGGUAAAUAUAUAUACUGUAAAUACACUGCAUGACCAAAAGUAUGUGGACACCUGUUCGUCAAUCAUCUCAGUCCACAAACAUGGGCAUUAAUAUGGAGUUGGUGUUUCUCUCUCUCCCCCCCCCUCCUUUGCUGAUAUAACAGCCUCUACUCUUCUGGGAAGGGUUUCCACCAGAUGUUAGAACAUAGCUGUGGGGAUUUGCUUCUAUUCAGCCAUGAGCAUUAGUGAGAUCAGGCACUGAUGUUUGGCAAUUAGGCCUUGCUCGCAGUUGGCGUUCCAAUUCAUCCCAAAGAUGUUCGAUGGGGUUUAGGGCAGGCCUCUUUGCAAGCCAGUCAAGUUCUUCCACACCGAUCUCGACAAACCAUUUCUGUAUGGAACUCGCUUUGUGCACGGGUGCAUUGUCAUGCUGAAACAGGAAAGGGCCUUCCCCAAACUGUUGCCACAGUUGGAAGCACAGAACCGUCUAGAGUGUCAUUGUAUUCUGUAGCAUUAAGAUUUCCCUUCGCUGAAACUAAGUGGCCUAGCCCAAACCAGAAAAAAUGCCCCCGGCCAUUAUUCCUCCUCCACCAAACUUUACAGUUGGCGCUAUGCAUUCAGGCAUGUAGCCUUCUCCUGGCAUCCAGAUUUGUUUGUCGGACUGCCAGAUGGUAACAGGUGAUUCAUCACUCCAGAGAACGCUUUUCUACUGCUCUCGGGUCCAAUGGUGGUGAGCUUUACACCGCUCCAGCUGACGCUUGGCAUUGCGCGUGGUGAUCUUAGGCUUGUGUGCGGCUGCUCGGCAAUGGAAAUCUAUUUCAUGAUGCUCCUGACAGUUAUUGUGCUGAUGCUGCUUUCAGAGGCAGUUUGUAACCCUGUAGUGAGUGCAAUCGAGAACAGACUAUUUUUACAGGCUUCAGCACUCACCGUUCCCGUUCUGUAAGCUUUUGUUGCCUACCACUUCAUGGCUGAGGCGUUCCUGUAGAUGUUUCCACUUCACAAUAACAACACUUACAGUUGACCGGGGCAGCUCUAUGGGCAGAAAUUUGACAAACUGACUUGUUGGACAGGUGGCAUCCUAUGAAGGUGCCACGUUGAAAGUCACUGAGCUCUUCAGUUAGGCCAAUCUUUUGUCUAUAGAGAUUGCAUGGCUGUGUGCUUGAUGCUAUACGCCUGUCAGCAACGGGAGUGGCUAUAAUAGACAGACACUAUUUGUGAAGGGGUGUCCACAUACUUUUGUGUAAUUGCCUGUAUAAAUGAGCUGUAUUUUCAUUGUUCUUUUCUAAAUAAAAUGGUUAACUAUCAA